GUUCAAACAAGAACCUGAAGUCAAGAUUGCGUUCUGUGUCAUCCAUUUUUGCGCGUGAGGCUCGCUGCCCUGAACUCUUCUCCCCGCCCCUGACGCGACGCAUAGCCUUUUGCAGCGCCAGCAGCCGUAAAGCAAAGCCACUCUUGAGGGCGUCGCAGCUUUGUGUUGUGCAACAAAGACAUAUAUUCCAUUAUCUGAAAAGAUGAGAAGGACCAAGCGGCUGCUUUCCGAUGACAUUCAGGAGAGCCCUGAAGACUAAUGCAGAGAAUUAACAAGAACGUUGUUUUGGGGCUUCUGACUUUCACUAGUUCAGUCUUCCUCUUGUUCCAGUUGUACUAUUACAAGUAUUAUUUGUCCCCCAAGAAUGGAACUGUUUUCCCCAAGAUUAAAGGGAGCAAAACAGGACAAGAGAGUAGCCGAUGGUACGUGGUUAGAAAAUUCCUUAGUUUGGUGUCCAGCCACAACAUAGCAGUGCAUCUGAUUGAUCCCUUGCUUUUGGGCCUGAUUGACGUAGACUUGGAGCAGCUCAGGAUUUCCCCUGAUGGAAGCCAGUCUGAAUGCAAAUACUUCUGUGCUCCCCGGGACUGCACCACUUUUGCACUACUGGACAAAGCUUGGAAGCAUGAGGUGGGCUUGUUUCGAGCUGCCGAGCGAGUGGGCUUCCAGUGGCUCAAGAUUCAGAGCAAAGAUCCACGCCUGGAAGGGAUGGAUGACCUCUCUGGGACUGAGAUACCCUUGCACUAUGUCUUCAAGUUGGCAACUCAUUCCAUCCACCUGGUAGUAUUUUAUGAGAGAAGUGGCAACUACCUCUGGCAUGGACCACUGCGGUUGAAACUGCAUGCGGACCGCAAGUUUGUGCCUUUCCGGAAGCUACCGUUUGGCCGCUACCCUGGCGCCUAUGACAAAUUAGAACUACUGAGUGUUUCCAUUGAUGGGUUAACAGUCCAGAUUCCAAAAGAACCAUCUGUAUUCCUAGAGGAAAGAUCUCACUCUCGCUUUAUUGAAUGUAGGUACAGAGAAGCUCGCUCUUUCUUACAGGUAUACCCUGACGACGCAUCUCUCGAUGCAGUGGAAUUCAGGAAAAAAGCCAAGGCAUUGCUGCAUCUCGCUACUUUGACAUUAAAUACUUUAGGAGUGAGAUUUUGGCUGAGCAGUGGAACCUGCUUAGGUUGGUACAGACAGUGCAAUAUUAUUCCUUACAGCAAAGAUGUGGACUUGGGGAUUUUUAUUCAAGACUACAAGCCAGAGAUUAUUUCAGCAUUUCAGAAGGCAGGAUUACCACUAAAGCACAAGUUUGGCAAGGUAGAAGACAGUUUGGAGUUCUCAUUUCAGGCAGGAAGUGAUGAUGUGAAACUGGAUAUUUUUUUCUUCUAUGAAGAGGAUGACCAUAUGUGGAAUGGAGGGACUCAGGCCAAAUCAGGCAAGAAAUUCAAGUACUUGUUUCCCAAAUUCACACUAUGUUGGACUGAGUUUCUAGAACUCAAGGUACGUGUGCCCUGUGAAACCCUCCUUUACAUUGAAGCUAACUAUGGGAAAGAUUGGAAGGUACCUGUGCAGGAAUGGGACUGGAAAACCUCACCGCCCAACGUUCAACCCAAUGGGAUGUGGCCCAUUGAUGAAUGGGACGAAGUCAUUCAGCUCUAUUGAUCUCUUUGUAAGACCUUGGGAUGUUGCCAGUUGAAUUACACCUCACCUGGAAGUCCUCUUCAAUCCUAGUAUUCUUCACCUUCGUUGAAAAUGAAGGUAGAACAAAAAAGAGUGUUGGUGUAUUGUUGUUUAUAAGACUGAGGAAUGAAAUAUGGAACAGAAUUAUAAAUGUGAGCAAAAGUAAAUCACGAAGCAAUAUUGAAAUGGUAUUGUGUCACACUGACUUCAGAAAUAAGUUGUCCUAUGUACUUUAAAACACACUAUAGCAGUGGUUCUCAACCUGUGUAUCCCCAGGUGUUUUGGCCUACAACUCCCAGAAAUCCCAGCCAGUUUACCAGCUGUUAGGAUUUCUGGGAGUUGAAGGCCAAAACAUCUGGGGACCCACAAGUUGAGAACCACUGUACUUUAAGGUAGUCCACAGCAUGUAUAAUAUUCCUUCAGGCCUGCCUAAAUUUCACACAUUUUGCUGUCAGACUAGAAUUAUUAAAAUGAAAGAGACAGGGAUAGAUCACUGGGUGCAACAUCCCAUUGUAUAAGCCUGCAGACGCCUCCACAGUUCCUCUUUUUCUAUGGAUUAUUUUUAAAAAGGGAUUGAAAGCAUAGCAUCUGAUUUUGCCAAGAUGAGAUAUGAAUGCAUUUCGAAUACUGUGUAAUGUUCUGGUCACUCCAUCUUUUGAAGCUGGAAUCAGGCCACAGAAAUGAAAAAGAACAAGCUCUGUGUCCCUACAAGGAUGGACUGGAAAGCUAUGGAUUUUCAGCAUAAAAAAAUUCAGUCAUAGAUGAGGACAUGAUAAUGGAUUAUGAAGCUCAUGAGUAGAAGAAACGAGUAAAGAAGUUUUUCCCCCUCUUUUUCACUAAUAAGAGAAUAUUAAUAGAUGAACAAUUCAAGACAGUGAAAGAAACUUUUCUUACUGCAAAAUAUAAUUCAGAAUUGGGGAAGGUUCAUCUUAGAGGCUAUAUCCCGCAAAGCUCAGGGAUCCCAUUAAAGAAAGAAAGUGGUUUCAGCUCCAGAUUUCCCCCAAAAUCACUCCUGUAGUUUCAAUCAAGGUUGUUGGCAUGAGAACAUUUCUUCUUCCUUAUCCCUCCUUAAAGAAAAAAACAGCCGUUUUCAGCCAAAAGACCCACUUCUGGCUGUUUUGAAUGCACUGCUGCAGUAAGGCUACAAGAGUUAAAAAUGGUCCCACCUUCGUAGAAUUAGUUGUCCCAAGAUGUAUUGACCAGGUUAAUUGACAGCGAGAUAAGCAAGCUAUCACUAGCUGUAAGGCUUGUUGAUUCUGUGCUAUCUCUGUGUUCAUAGACUAUGUUUGCCUUUGAGUACAAGUUGUAAGGGGACAAGAGCAUUUGUAUUCCUGCUUAUGGAUGUCUCAAAAGCACCUAGUUGCUUACUGCAGAAAACAGUGGGGCCUGAAUCUGUUCCAGUACAGAUUAUGCUUGGGAACAGAAGAGUUUGGGAUUUUGGAAUAUAUAUAUAUAUAUAUAUAUAUGUAUUCUUAGAGAUGGGACCUAAGUCUCAACAUAUGCUUCAUAUACAUCUUAUACCCAUAGCCUGAUGUGAAUUUUAUACACUAGAUUUUAAAUCUAGUGUUGGAGGAAAAUUCUGAGAGUGUCUUGAACCGCGAGAAGAUCCAACCAGUCCAUACUCCAGGAAAUAAUGCCCACCCGCUCACUGGAGGGAAGGAUAUUAGAGGCAAAGAUGAAGUACUUGGCCACAUAAUGAGAAGACAGGAAAGCUUGGAAAAGAUCAUGAUGAUGGGGGGAAAGGAAGGAACAAGGAAGAGAGACUGACAAAGGGCAAGAUGGAUGGAUGGUAUCCUUGAAGUGACUGGCUUGACCUUGAAGGAACUGGGGGCCAACAGGAAGCUCUGGCGUGGGCUGGUCCAUGAGGUCACGAAGAGUCGGAAGCGACUAAACAAAUAAACAACAACAACAACAAAGAUUUUAAAUACAUAAUUUAAUGUAUGAAACAAAGUCUGUGUGCACUGAAUCAUCAGAAAGCGAUGGUGCCACCUUCUCAGUCACCCAUGUGGACAAUUUUGGAUUUUGGGAGUAUUUCGGAUGCUCAACCUUUAUUAAUUUUCUUACACUUUUAGUGUUGGAAGGAACCACUAUCACGCACUCUGGUUGUUCUUAGGAGACCUCCCCUAAAAUUUGGCCUCUUGAUACCUUUCAUAGGUAUGUAGGUAUGUGACUGAUGGCUGUUGACAGUUUUCAGCAUGGCACGGGGGUUCAUUUAAAUUGUCAGUUUGCCAGAAUCCCUUACUAAGAGUAGCAAUUCUAGAAGUUUGAAAUAGAGCAAAGCUAGACCAAGAAAUGGAGUAUAAAGCUGGAAGAAACAAAGCAUUAGAUCUGUGAAGAGGGUGUCAUAAUAUUUAUUAUAAAUUGUUAACACGGGCUUAAAUUUGAUUAAAUUAUUUGGAGCUCUUUUAUAUGAAGCACAAUAAUAUAAUGGCUCUCUGUGUAAAUGGAGAAUGUGAAUAGAAUGUUUUCCAGCAUAUUCAAAAUGCUCUUGAGCAUUGGUAGAAAAAUGAAUAGAGAAGGAACUAAUACAUAACAGUGGCUGAAUGUAUUUAAUUGAGAUUAAUUUAUUGACAUGUUUAUUUUGUGAGGUAUAUAAUAAUUUAGUCAGAUGUGCCAAUCAAGAAAGCUAGUUGUGUUUAGGUCCCAUUGAAAGAACAAAGUUAGUGUUUUCUGGAUUGGAACCAUUUUUUGUAUACUUGUUAUGUUAUUUAUGCCAAGGUACAGUUUUAACUUGCAGUUUGGGAUGCUAAUUGUUACAAAGCAAUCUAAAAGUGUUUGUGGCUUCUAAAAGACGUAUUCUGUUCUUCCUGAUUUUUUUUCGUUAAUAAACAUGUACAAAAUAAAAUGAACUUUAAUCAUAAUAUGAAAUUAUGAUGUAGACACAAAUCCUAUCCACUUUAUUAUAAGGGGCUUUAAUCAUAUUAAAUAAAUUGGCCAAGUCCCAUA